UUGCUUGAAAGCCACAAAGGAAGCUAAAAGAAGUCCCUUCAGUGUUUUUGCUCUUCAUGUCGUUAAUUUGGAUUUUCUGUGCCUGUCUGAUGUGCAGGAGCCUCUGUUUCUUUAAAUCAGAGGUCAGUGUUUGUGAACGAGACAUGGGAGCUUGGUACCCCCAUGUUCUUCAUCAUCCAGGGACUUGCCAGCAUUGGCGAGAAGAGGGUGGUCCUUUUUGUCAUCCUACUGCUGGGAUACCUGGUUAUCCUGGGGGGAAACAGCAUGAUCAUCUUUGUGACGCUCUCUGACCCCAGGCUCACCUCCCCCAUGUACUUCUUUCUCCAAAACCUGUCUUUUGUGGACCUGGUCUAUACCACAACCACCAUCCCCAACAUGCUGGCUGGUUUCCUCAUAGACCAACUGACCAUCUCCAUCCCGGGCUGCUUCCUACAGAUGUACUUCUUCACUCAACUUGCUGUGACGGGACGUGCCAUCCUCACCGUCAUGGCUUAUGACCGCUACUUGGCCGUCUGCAACCCCCUGCGCUACACCGCCAUCAUGACCCGGUCAGUGCGGAUGCUGCUGGUCACAGGAGCCUGGUGCUUCGGCUUGCUCUGCACACUGCCGCCUACAGUACUGGCCUUCCUGCGGCCUUACUGCGGCCCCAACAUGGUCCGGCACAGCUGGUGUGACCUGUCGUCUGUCAGAACCCUGGCGUGCGCCGACACCUCCAUUGACAAUGUCCUGUCCCUGUCCUUUGCCAUGGUUGCGCUGCUCACCACAGGGGUCCUCAUUCUCACCUCGUACUUCCUAAUCGCCACCUCAAUGUACCAGAUGGGCGUCCCCGAGAGGCUGAAGGCCUUCAGCACAUGUGCCGCACACCUGACUGUGGUCUCCAUCUCGUACAGCGCCGCCUCCUUUGUCUACAUUUCAUAUCGAGUGGGAAACUUUUCAUCAGAGGUGCGCAUCAUUGUGUCUGUGCUGUACUCCGCGCUGACCCCAUUCCUCAACCCCAUGAUCUACAGUCUGAGGAACAAGGAGCUGAGGAUAGCCAUCAGGAAGACUCUGGCCUCCUUCAGACCUGCUGCCACGUCUACUGUAAAGGCCAUCAGUACAUAACAACCAUCCAACCAGAACUAUCAAGAGUUCAGAUCAUCCUACAAAUGCAUCAACCUCCAUCCACGGACACAUUGAACAGUUCCACCAUCAAAUUGAGUUUCUCUUGAUCUAUGAUCCACUUCUGAAGCUCUGUCUGUAUCUGUCAUGUCUCUCAGAUUGUACUUCUGUGUCUGUUUGACUGCAUCAGGUUGAUGCUGUUCUGAACUGGUUCAAGGAGUUCUGGAUCCCUCAGGACAAAAGUUCUGAAUCUCUUUAAUUAUUUUUGAUCAGCAGCUUAAAAGGGUUCUUUGUGUUUGCUUGUCUUCCUCUUGGCAAAAUGUUUUUCCAAAUCAAAUCUGUACAGGAUUGAAAUCCAUGUUAAAGAAUUUAUAUACAUGGACUUGUUUUAAAUUUAGGGAGAUAAGUAUUUGAGUUUUCCAUUUUUUGAUUUUUUGUCAUUUUCAAUCUGUCACUAUUUAAAUGAAUCGACCAUUAGGAUGGCAAACUGACAAUUUCUUUUUAAGUGGGCAAACCUACAAAACAAGUAAGGGAUCAAAUACUUGUUUCCUCCCUUGUACAUAUAUACAUGUGUCUUAUCGUGUGACUCAGCUGAUGUCCUGCACGGCCACAGAUGUCUGGAACCAACUGCAGCCUUUGAUAAUGAGGACCAUUCUAUCUUGCCGACACAUUUGUCUCAUUAGGUCAGAUUCAAGUUGAUUGUGGUCCACUAGGACAUCUUAUCAGAUAGAAUCAUGUCUGUUAUGAUCUGUCAGAUCUUCUUCUGCACCUCUGACCUUUAGGGUUCCACAAGGGUCAAUCUUAGGCCAUGAGUUUCUGUCCCUGUAUCUAACGUCUCUACCUGCCUGUGUGCAAAUGACCUCCCUUUCUCUGGAUUAACUUCAGAAAUGUUCAGAUGAGAUGAAGCUCUGGUGGUCACGGAAUUUCUGUUGAAAGGAAAAUAAGUCAUGGUGUGUGGCCCUCAGGUUCUGUGAAUGUACUCCUGGUCUUCAGCCAUUGGACCCUUAAAGUACUACAUCUGAAGAACUUUGGUUGAGGGUCAACCUUCAACACAACCUUUUAAAAACGUGUACAUGUUGUUGAGGCUAGUUUUUUCCAAUUGUAGCCAUUUAACCAGAGUCAAGCUCUUCCUAAUUCCCAGUCACCUGGAAAAACCCAUUCACACACUUAUUAGUUCACACGGAAAAUAUGAAUAAUCUCUAAGUGGGAAUGAAUCAAGCAGUUGUCUGCAGUUUGUCCAAAAUGCAGCUGUGGAUUUCUCAGCAAAUGCUUACAAAUGAGAUCCCAUCACCCCUGCUCUGUACUACUCACUGCUCAGAGGCCCUCUUAAGCUACUUUAAUAUGUUUUUAAAAAAAAAAUCAAUUCGCCCCUCAUCAAAAUGAGCUUUUAUGCAAACACAAGCCAGCAGAUCUUUGUGUUCAGCUGAUCAAAACCUGCUGGUAAAUCGUCAGUCAUGGCGUGGACUGAUCUGUCUGCAGUCUUUUUAGUUAAAAUAGUGUUUUAUGCUUGAAAGGAACUGCGUCACUGUUUUACUGUUUACUUUCUAAUACUGUGGGGCCUCGAAUGCAAAUUGUUCCAGGGGUGUGUUUGACAGGGGAAACAUGGGAAUUAAUUGUAAUUACAUAAAAAUGAAUGUAGAGAUUACAAUUAAAAAUAAAUACUUAAUAUAAAUUGAUCCACUGAUCUUUCAA